AUGACGGAGCGGCUCUUGGCGGGCGCCGCUCUGCUUGGGGAGGGGCCUGACCCGAACUGGGUGGACCACUUCUCGAGCUUCAUCCUUUCGCAGGACUAUGACACCGCACGCGAAGUGCUGCGUGGAGCCGUCUCCAAAGGCGUGAGCAGCUCAUUGGCAGAGCAGUACGCUAAGGUCCUCGAGGAUUUCCUCCAAAAACGUGAUGAAGUGGAGCACCCGAUCAUCCUGGCUCGCCACGACCAAUGCAUUGUGAGGCAGACUGCCAACCAAGGUCGUGGACUCUUUGCGCCCAGCUAUCAGACCUGGGGUGCAGAACUCUGGAAGCAACGGCCACUGGCGUGCAUCCAAUCUGGUGUGAGUCGCAGGUGCGUCCAAGUGUGUCGCGCUUGUUUGCUGCCAGUCGGCACUCUUGCUUCGCAGCUGAGAUAUCUGGGCUUGGAUGCACCACCGGGCUCAGAGGAGAUCCGCUUGACCAAUGGCGACCAGCUCAGCCAGGAGCAUCUUCCAAAGGAAGGCUUCGUCGCCGGGCAAGUACUUCCUUGCACAGGUGACGCUUGCGCAGAGGUCUUUUGCAGCGAGGCCUGUCGUGCAUGGGCCUUGAGCGAAUCCUCGCAUGCCCUGCUUUGUGCAGGGCGAUUGGCGCCGUCCAGCUUUGAGGCUCUACAAAGCUUGGAGCAGCUGGCGGAUGAUGUUGAUCAGGAGCAUUUACUCCUUUUGGCCCACACGGUGGCACAGAUGAUCCUGGCUAGGAAGGAUGGUUUCGAGACUUCGCAGGUCAAACACCGUUUUGCGUAUCAGUUUGCGUCUGCACCCUGGAGCAGUUUGGCGGACACGGCUGAAGAUGCGCAGGCGAGGGAUCAAUGGUUUGCACAGGCGUGUGAGUUCUUAGGGCAGAUCUUCCCCGCAGAAUCCGAGUUCUUGGAACCCAACCUGCUGAGCGGGCUGUUGGGAACUUUUGAGCUGGUCAACAUGUGUGUGAGCAUCCCUCAUCCUCUCAAUCUCCAGCCGGAAGUGGCCGACAUAUUGAGCGUGGAGCUAGCUGAAUCCUUGGCGAAGCUGCAGGAAGCCUUGCAAGAAAGUGACAGCGAAGCGGAGGAUGAAGAUGAAGGUGCAGGGGAAGCAGAAGCGGCAGCGACGCAGGCGCCGCUGGACCUCGCGGCCAGUGGACAGCUCUUUGAGAACGUCAUCGGCACAGCGCUGUGUGAGGCCCUGGCGUUUACCAACCAUUCCUGUUUGCCCAACUGCCGCGUGGAAUUUGCUUCAGGGAGCCAAUUCGAGGCCAAUGGGCCUGGUCUUUGGCUCUACUGCGUUUCCCGUCGUCCUUUGGUUCCGGGCGAUGAGGUCUUGAUGGCGUAUGUGCCAUCGGUGGUGGGCAAGCCUCUAGAGGAACGCCAAAAGAAGAUGAAGAAAUUUGGCUUCGCAUGCAACUGUCGCACUUGUCAAACUGACCAG